AGGGAAAUCUCACCUUAUCCACACUCCAACCACAAUCCCUUAUUACAUUCCCGUCCACGUCAUCAUCAUCAUCCUCAUUCAUCUCUAAUACUAAAAGCUAAUCUUUUCCUUCCUCACCCUCCCACCAAUCAAACCCAAAAACUCUUCAAUUUUCCGAAAAACAAAAAGAGAAAGAGAUCUGUAAUGGCGACCAUGAACUCGAGUGUUCUCACUUGCAGCUACGCAAUCUCUGGUGCUAGCUCAGCAGAGCUAAACCAGAAAGUGGGCUUGGUGAAUUCAUCAGUUGGGUUUGGUCAGAAGAAACAGACGAUGUCUGUGAUCAAAGCUCAACGAGUUGGAGGUGAUGAUGUUGAUGGGUCUAAUGGAAGAAGAUCCGCCAUGGUUUUCCUAGCUGCUACACUCUUCUCCUCUGCUGCUGUUUCUGCUUCUGCUAAUGCUGGUGUCAUCGAUGAAUACCUCGAGAAGAGCAAGGCCAACAAAGAACUUAAUGAUAAGAAGAGAUUGGCAACAAGUGGAGCAAACUUUGCGAGAGCAUUCACUGUCCAGUUCGGAAGCUGCAAGUUCCCUGAUAAUUUCACUGGAUGUCAAGAUCUUGCCAAGCAAAAGUCCCAUAUAUCUCGGAAGAUUUGGCGUUGGAAUGUGAAGGGAAAGACAAGUACAAGUGCGGUUCCAAUGUUUUCUGGAAAUGGUGAAGAAGUUUGUUUGUUCUCAUAUUAAAUCCAACAAUGUAUCUAUCUCUCUCUAUUUAUUCAUCAAAGUUAUCAUCUCCAUUUGAAUGAAUCUAUCAAGUUAAUUAUUGAGAGAUUAGGAAGUAUUAUUGCUCACAUCACACUCAUUUUGGGUGGACGAAAA